UUGUUUUUCAGACAGUUUUCAUGAGUGUAAUGAGAAUAGAGCAAUGGCUGAGUUCUCUCGGGUUUAAACAGUAUACGCAGCUAUUCAUUGAUAACGGCUAUGAUGAUUUCGAGCUGUGCAAGCAGCUAAGAGAAAAUGAUCUUGACUUGAUGGGAAUCACAAUUCCCAUCGUCAAAGCCGAAAUUUUAUCAAGUGUCAACAGUUUAAAACAUGCCGAAAAUGCUGCCCAUGUUUAUUUUUCUAUGGAUCCGAACUACUGGCAAACAGACGGAACCAUCAACAGUGCCUCGACUUUCAAGACUUGUCUCCAGGAACAAAAAGUAUCAGUUGCGAUUCAAGAAUCAGAUGACUCAGCCGACGUUUAUAACAUCGUCCUAAGCGAACUGGCAAACGACGGAGUCACGCCAGCAAUGUUAUUCACUUUUCCAGUUACCCUGAAAGCGAAAAGUGGAGAAAGAACUCCGGAUAAAACCUCAGACAGUGGAAAUGACUCGGAUCUGGAGGAGAUCUAUUGUGCUCAAGAUCUGGCCAGCAUCUAUGAAGAGAGGUUAAAAUUACCACAAGACAAAAUCCUCAAUGUUCUUCACUGCAUACAACGUGUUCACUGCAAAAGAAUCGAAAGUAGAAACGUUGACUUAAAAAUUGCCAAUUCUGCCAGUAACCAAUUUAACAGUAGACGAAGGACGCCCAAAUUACAGCAAAGAAUGUCCAGUUUUGAUUGCAGUACAGGUGGUAGUGAGCAUAAUCAGUUGGAAGCCGAUCCUAGGUACAGUAAUGUACCAUUUGCGUCAAAGACUCUAGGCCGAAUGCUCUCUUAUCAAAAGCCGAAAAACAUAGUGAGCGGUGUAACUUCUACCCUAAGUGGAAGUCAAAACAACAUCAACAGUAGAACUCAGGAAAAGAAAAAGACGAAAGGCCCUACAAGCAGUAGCAGCAGUAUUGGAACUUGCGAAAGUAGAGAUUGCGAUUUGUCUUACAAUACGAAUGCUUCGUCCAAUAAUACGGCAGACUAUUCAUCGUCAAAUAGUUUAGAUAGCGCCGCGUACUUGUUGCCGAAGUGAAAUUAACUUUUUCAAAGUGCUACUAUGUUAAAAAGCUAAAAGCAUGUUGUUUACAAAUUGAAUGGUGUCAUCAUGUUGCUUCCAAUUUAUGUUGUUAAAUAAUGCUUUCAAUGCGCAAGCCAAAAAGACGUUUUUCUCUUGCAUAGAUUUCAGUGUCCUUUCAAUGAUUUAUAUAUAAAAAUGGGUGUUUUGAUGACAUAAUAUGGAUUUUUUGCGUCUUUUCUGCCAUGUUCAAACUUAAAUGUUUGCUUUGCUGUUGGUUUUGUUGCAAAAAGGCCCUUUUGUUUAUUUUUGUUGAAUGAUUUGAUUCCUUCCUUGAUAUUGAUCUCGAUAACUCUCAGGUUAAAUUAUAAGCUUUGACCGUUGAUACAACCAUAAAAUAUGUCUAUCUUCUUAAAGAUAUCCGAGCUAUUCUAUAUGCUGUUUUGUUGUUUUCAAAAGGUUCUUAAACUUAGUUAGUUUAAUCAUUGGGACGCCCUUUAUUCAUUUUGCCUUAACUGUUCCGAUCAAUUUUUUCUCUCAUAAUUGAUUGGUAAUCUUCAUUUUAUGUAGUUAGAUUGAUAUUUAUUCGAAUU